AUGAAAGCUGAUCAAAGGCAUGCUACUUUAAAGUUGAUUAGUGGUUACAUUAUCGACAAUCUUCGAGACCCAAGUUUUGAAGUUACACCAGCUUUUGUCAUGGCAGAGAUGCAAAAAUUGCAUGGACUAGAUAUUGGGUAUCACAAGGCGUGGCAUGCUAUUCAACUUGAUUCCGCUUUAAUAAGAGGAACUCCCGAAGAGAAUUAUGAAUUAUUGUCUUCAUACUUGUAUAUAAUGAGAAGUAAAAACCCUAGAACUUAUACUAACAUAAAGAUAGAGGACAACAACAGGUUUCUUUAUAUGUUUUAUGCAUAUGGAUCAUCAAUAGCUUGUUGGAAUCAUUGUAGACCAGUGAUUGUUGUUGAUGCAACUUUUUUUAAGUCAAAAUUUCGUGGUGUUUUAAUGAUUUCAGUUUCAAAAGAUGCAAAUAACCAAAUUUUUCCACUAGACUUUGGAAUAGCAGAAUCUGAAAAUAACAAUUCCUAUGAGUGGUACUUUAGUCAGCUUCGCAAUGCAAUUGGGAGCCGUGAGAAUUUAAUUUUUUUAUCAGACAGGCAUCAAGCUAUUGCAUAUGACAUAGCAAAGGUAUAUCCUGAAAGCCAUCAUGGGAUUUGCAUCUAUCAUUUGGAGCAGAACCUAAAGCGAAGGAAGGUGAAAAGUGAGGUCAUAAAACUUUUCCAAAGUGCUGCAAGAGUAUACAGGCGCAAAGAAUUUGAUCUAUAUAUGUCAGAUAUAGCAAAAGUAGAUAAGAAAACUUAUGACUACUUGAUGGAAGAACCACCAGAAAGGUGGGCACGUUCUUGUAUUCCACGACGAUGA